AGGGGAGUGGGACAGAGUGGGGAACUGCUUGGCCUUGGAGCAAGCCAUGGGCCGAAGGGUACCAGUCUCUGGUGGUGGGUGGCCAUGGAAAGGCCUUGAGGCCUUCUCGUGCAGGGUAGGGGGCAGCGGUCAAAGGCAGGAAUUGCGGAUGUGAGGCCUGUGCUGCUCUUUGGAAGAUGCUAAGGAUUGGGAACGGGUCAGGAGCUGGGGGUGGACCCCCACACACAGCCCCUAUCGACAUGGAGGCCGCACAUGGAGGCCGCGGGCAUUGGCCUAGUGGAGAAUGGCUGAAGAGACUUUUUCCAGUAUGGGGGAGGGGUUGCACCUCUGGGUCCUGAAGAAGAUUCCAGCUUGGGGAGACCUACCUUUCCAUACGAGUGGGUGUUGCAUGGGGAUAAUGGGGGCAGGUAUGUUGCCUAAGGCAGAGAGCUGGGGGUGCAGAAGAUUCCUUGCUGGAAGAAGAGAGUUUCUACUGUGGCCCUCCUGGAAGCCACAUUUUCUGGCACUACUCCAUGGCCCCCUUCUCCUAAAGUCCUUUGCUGGUUCCUCCAGUCUAUAUUUGGGUGAUUAAUUGCAUGUCUUUUUACACACGCACGUACUCCCACUUGUCUCCUGCCCAAAGCCCAUGGUCCUUUUCAGCCUCCCCCCCACACACACACACACUCCUGGCUCUCUUCCCAGAGGGCUCACCCUGUGCCAGCUGACACCCUCUAGUCAGCCUUGUACUCCCAGGCAGCCAGCCCCCUCCAGUCUCCUUGGCCAGUGGAACAUUUCCUCUUAACCUUCAGCCCCCUACAUUUUCCUUUAGCAGAAAUUUUCGAAUGGGACCAGCAUCUCUCCCAGGACCAUUUGUCUUCUCCCUUCUCCCAUUGGGCCUUGUCAUAGAAACAACAUUCGCAGUGUCUGACACAGUCUGGUCCAUUGCUCCAAAGUGGUCCUGGAUCUGUAUUGAGAAUUCCAUGGGACAGAUUUCUAGCCUUCUGUCAAUGGUAGAACCCUUAGAAAAUCUGCUUAAAAGUGUGAGUUCUCUUGCCCAAAGUCUGACCACCAGCACAGCCUCAGAAGGAAGCUCCGGGAUGGGAAACCUGUCUGAUGGGAGACUCUAGGGAACCUCCAAAUUCUAGACAGCCCCAAUGUCUGCAUGUUGAAAGAUGCCAAUUCCGUGACACCCACCCAGACCUGCUGCUUUACCACUAGAAUUUUCACUAAAUCAAAAGUCUGGUUUCUAGCACAGUUAUCCAGCCCUUCCAAAACUGUCUGGAUUCUUUGGAUGGCCUGGGACAGCUGUAUAGCCUUUCACCAUAUCCCCAGUUUGGAAUCUUUUAUAUCCGGAGAGUGUAACCUCAGUGAUUCUAUACUUGCAAUUUAUUUUGAGUUUUAGAAAGAUGUCAGUGCAUAUUCUUGGAGAAAUGGGCAUAAACCUUUCCUCAGUUAAACACAACAAACACUACAAAAUCCCCUUCUGGUUUACCUUCUGGCUUUUUGUAGAAUGGAAUAAAGAGGGAAACCUAAACAGAGAGACAGGUGCCCAGGCAAAGUGAGAGAGAAAACAGAUUCCUUCCCACCCACACAUACAGAAAAAGAUAACACAGACACAAAUAUCCCAAGAGAAACAGACUUUCGUGGUAAGGCAGUCAUCCCUUUUAGCCUUUUAGGAUUCUGUACUUUUGAGGAGCAGCCAGAUUUCACAGUACACGAUGGGCCUAUGAGCCUCUUGCCCACCUCCUAGCCUGCCAGAUUCAUUUAAGAACAUAAAGGCCAGGAGCACCUGUAGCCCCAGGGCCCACUCAGAAGUGCUUGCACUGUUGACUCACUGAGGUACAACCAGGCCUUGGCAGUGCCAGUUCAGUUAUACAGCUUGUCCUGCCCUUGAGCACUCAUUAUCAAAAGGACAGGUUCCUGGAAGGUGCACAUAUGAGCCUGCUUCUGUUCACCCGAGUUAUUUCAAUCCAACAGGUGAGACUUUACUUAUUGGACUAAUCUCUUGGAACUGUUCUAAAACAAGAUGAGUCAUCCCUGUGUGUCUCUUUUGGCUCCACCUGCUCCCCAAGGUCUUGCCCUUCCCCAAGAUGGAGCCCCAGGAAACCAGGUCCUGGCAGUCCCUCUUGAGAUGCCGGAGGCCCAGGGUUUGGUGUCCUUUGAUAUUGUACCGUGGCACCUCACAGAGCAGGAGUGGCUGAGUCUGAGCCUGGAGCAGCAGGCACUGGCAUAUUCCAGGGAUGUGACCUCCAUUGGAGUUCCUGUUGUGAGUCCUGCUUUGGUAUCUCACCUGUCACAAGGACAAGUUCUGUUGGUAUCAGAUCCAUCCCUCAGCACAGAUCACACUGAGCACGCUGAAAGCACCUCGGUGACCUCCCACCAGAAGAUGGGUGAAGAAGCCCAGCUGCAAGAGAUGGCGUCCACGAGCUCCCCGAGGGCCAAUGACCCCAGCGCUGAGGUCAAACAGAAUGGGGACUCUGGGGGAAGGGGAGGGAGCCCACAAAGUCUGCCCAUAGAACACCAUUUUGCAUGUAAAGAGUGUGGGGACACCUUCCGCCUUAAAGUGCUCCUUGUUCAGCACCAGAGGGUUCACAGUGAGGAGAAGGGCUGGGAGUGUGGCGAUUGCGGGAAGGUCUUCAGGGGGGUAUCAGAAUUUAAUGAGCAUAGGAAGAGCCAUGCAGCUUUGGCCGCUCAGCACGGGCCUGGCCCCAGUAAGGCUCUGGAAGAUGCCUUGGAAAAGAGGGAGCAAAUGGAGAGGGAGGCGAAGCCCUUUGAGUGUGAGGAGUGCGGGAAAAGGUUUAAGAAGAACGCAGGCCUUAGUCAGCACCUGAGGGUGCACAGCAGAGAGAAGCCUUUUGAUUGUGAGGAGUGUGGGCAGUCCUUCAAAGCCAACACCCACCUCUUUCGACAUCAGAAGCUUCAUACUUCGGAAAAGCCCUUUGCGUGCAAGGCGUGCAGCAGGGAUUUCCUGGACCGCCAGGAACUUCUCAAGCACCAGCGGAUGCACACGGGCCACCUGCCCUUCGACUGCGAUGACUGCGGCAAGUCCUUCCGUGGUAUCAACGGCCUGGCAGAGCACCAGCGUAUCCACAGCGGCGCCAAACCCUAUGGCUGUCCUCACUGCGGCAAGCUGUUCCGGAGGAGCUCAGAGCUCACCAAGCACCGGAGGAUCCACACGGGUGAGAAACCGUAUGAGUGCAGCCAGUGCGGCAAGGCCUUCCGCCAGAGCUCCAGCCUGCUGGAGCACACGCGCAUCCACAGCGGUGAACGGCCUUACGCUUGUGGCGAGUGCAGCAAGGCAUUCAGGGGGCCUUCUGACCUCAUCAAGCACCGGCGCAUCCACAGUGGACUGAAACCCUAUGAGUGCGACACGUGUGGCAAGGCCUUCCGGAGGAGCUCAGGCCUGAGCCGCCACAGGCGGAUCCACAGUGGAGCCAGGCACUGUGAGUGCAGUGAGUGUGGUCGUGUGUUCAAGAGGCGCUCAGCACUGCAGAAGCACCAGCCCUCCCAUCGGGAGUAGACACUGCCUUGGGACCUAUAGCAGGGGUCCACAGAGGCCAUGGCUCAGUCAAAGGAGAUGAACUAUUUUGUAGUGCUUAUAUAUUUUAUUGUGUGAGAGGUUGGAAUGAUUUGUACUGCCACCAGCAAUUUAUAAAUGUUCAUGUUUCCCACUACAACUAUUGAGGGUAACUUUUACCAUUUUAACAUAGCUUGGCUACUUUUCCUGUCAGAUAGUACUGUCAAGGUAUUUUAAUCUUCACAUCUAGAAUGAGAAGAAAAAUCUGCAUAUGGGGGUCUAGUAGGGAGAUGGGAAGUCCUUUUCAAGCUCUACCCCUGAGUGCUGUUCAAUGGCAUCAAUAUGAUAAUGCACCUUUCUCGAAAGGAAAAUUGCCCCAAGAUUUUGGCCUACUUGAAUUUAUAAAAUUUUAGGGAUGUAAAUAGAUCAAAUGCCAUAAUAUUUAAUUUAUUAAUUUAGUUUAUAGAUACAUAUUGUAAAUCACAUUAUAUGGAAUAAUAUAUUAAUUUAGAGAAUACUCUUUUUCACCAUACUCCAUUUGUUUCUAAUUCUUCAUGUGCAUUUUUGACCUCACCAACAUGGGAACCUGUUUGAGUCAUCAGUCCCCUCUGUUUUGAGUAUGGUAGCACUGUGACAAUCCCUGCAUGAGGCUCUCACCGGAAGUUUCCUCUCAAGCCAUAAAAACGUAUUCAUAUAACAUUAGAACCAUUACUUUGUGUUUUUAAAUUAGUACUGUACCUACAACAUAACCACUUAAAGUGGUGCUUUCCCAAAUGGCCUUUAAAAAGGCUUUUUU